AUGUGGUGUGCAGGGGAGAUGACGAGUGCCCGAAAGUACAGCAUCCCCAUCAUCCCGCUCUACUGCGAUGGCUUUGCCUUCCCGGACGAAGACUGCAUCAACAAGAUCGAGUCUGUGUGGACCGAAGAGCAACAAUACACCUUGACGAGCCACGGCAUCGCCAUCGAGGACAUCAAGGCCACCUACCGGCACAUCAGCACGCUAGAGGGCUAUGCUCUGAGCCGGCACAGCAGCCUGGAGGAGCAGGAACGCCUGGUGCUGGACGUGGCCGCGGCCGUGCUGCGAGGCGCUCGGCGGGCGGAGGUGGCGGCGCAGGGCUCCGUGAGCAGCGCGCGCAUCCUGCUCUGCUCCAGCGAGCGGGAGCCCGAGGCCAUCUCCACCGUGCUGAUCCUGCAGCAGAUGGUGCAGCAGCAGCUCCGCAUCGCCACCUUCCGCGUUCGGAGUUUGAAGGACAUCGCAGCGGCCAGCAGCGCCUCCUUCGCGCUGGUCUUGUUGAGCCAGGGGGUCCUCGAGGACCCUGACUUCGCGCUCCAGAUCGGGCAGAUGCGAGCGCAGGGGCUAAGCUUUGUUCCUGUGAACGACGGCACCUUCCAGUUCCCGCCACCGGACUUCUACAUGCAGGUGGAGGAGGGCGGCGUGGCCGGGCUCGGGCCAAAUGCCGGGCGCAGCUUGGCAAAGGCCUACCAGGCGCUGCUGGGCAUCCUCGCGCUGCCCCUGACGCCCCACGCCUCCAGCGGAAUCCUCGAGAGGCAGGUGACGCAGAUCUGCCAAAGGUUCGGAAGCCUGGAAGACCUUGUCGAGCGCAGGACGCAAUCCAGCAACAGAACCACCACUGCCGACGAGGUCGGCAUCACUGACAUCUCUAUGUCCCUGACAGGCUUCGAUGACGUUGACGGCGAUGCGAGAACCCCAACCGCAAUCACACCUGACCAGGACGGCAGUGCAGAGCAAGACAGUGAGUAUUCGAUUCACGACGAUCUUUGGUAUACCUAG